UGUAAUCACCGUGGUCGAUUAUGUUUUCCAUGUGAAUCUCUGCGGGCGGGGGAAUCGCAGGAGAGCUAACAGCGACCGACAAGCUAAAAUUGACCAUGGCAGCCACAACGUGCCGGCUACUCCUACGGGGCACCCUUCUUCUGAUCGUCUUCGUCAUCUUACAAGAAGCGGAAGCAGCGAUGUUCAACGAACCCAUCAAUCCGAAGGAGUUGCGCGCCCGAGGGGACGUCGCAGUCGACCAGCCGCUCUUCAGAAGCGCCAGCCGCUGGAUGACCGGCGCCAGUAACGAAGCAUGGGUGCAUCAGCAAGCCCGUGAGGGUGGUAGCAGCGGCACUCGAGCACACCAGCAACCAUCUGCAAGCGUCGAGCAAGGUAUGCCCCUAGCCGAGCACCAAACCUCACAGGAAACCGAGCAGGCCAACGUACGUGCGAGUAAUAGCGAACAGAGGCACCUGCGACCUGGUCGAGCGUACGUCAUAACAGACCAAGAAGGUACCAACAACAACGACAGCACCACCAGCGUACAGCUACAGCAGCAACAAGGGCAGCAGAAGCAAGCGGACGAUAGCUUCCUUGACGAAGUCAUCAAGAGCGUCAAGUUGGGUGGACCCGGCGUGGGAAGCGCCGCUUUGAGGCCCGUCGUCUUGUCUGAUAAAGGUGGCCCCGUCUUAAAUCCGGCCGGCACACUGGCGUCUGGAAACGCGACUAAGCUGUACAAUGUGAGUAACGCCCAGAAGGUGGUGGGCGACGAGCAUCCCAUGGAAUUGGGUAAGGUCAAAAUCCGACCCGCACACGUUGUACUCUCCACAAACGACACGCUGCAGCUGGAGUGCUUCGUCGGCUACAAUACGCACGCGUCGGUCUCAUGGACUCUGAACGACCGUGUCUUGUUAGAGGUGGACGAGUCCAAGAUACAGACCAUAGACUACAAGGGUGUCAAGGUCAUGGUCUCCUCAAUCCUCAUCCGCAACGUGCUCAAGCUACCCACGUUCAAGGAGAUCUAUGUGUUCAAGUGCAUCUACCUGUUCGACGACGAGAUGCAGACAGCUCAGGCCGUCGUGCACGCGCGCGUCACCGACGACUGCCAGACGGACCAGGAGUGCGCGCCCAGGAACGCGCGCUGCGUCAACAGCCGCUGCACGUGCGCGAGCACGCAGUACCCUGUGAAGCUGCAGUCCGUACACACCACGUGCCGCGUUGAAGCCUUUCUGGAGACGGAGUGCCUCUACGACGAGCAAUGUGAGAACGUCGAACCCAAGAGCGAGUGCACGGUUCACCACUGGUGUGCCUGCAUCCACGGCUACGCCAGGGACGCUUGGAGCAACUGCCUGCCUAAGAGCGCGGGACUGAGGACGCGGUGCAACUCGGACCGUGACUGCGCCGACCUCGGCGCCAACUGCGUGCUCAGCCACUGCACCUGUCUGGGGGACCUGGAAGAGCGCGGCGGAAAGUGCGUCGCCAAGACCAAGCCCUCCGACGAGCUUCUGCGACGAAGCCUCGUGGCCAAGGUCACUCAGAACGUGGCGUCGGCUCAGUACGCCGCGGCAUUCGCGCUGUCUUCCACGGUGGCAGCUACCCUAGCACAUUGCUAUCUUCUGAGGCUGCUCACACUGGAGUCACUAUGAAGACCGACAAUAUACCGACGUGGUCACCAGCUUUUUUUCAGAAAUGAAUGAAGUGGUGUGUCGGAG